AUGGACAUUGAUUUCAACGUGACUCCAAACCUGGACUUAGUUGAGCAACUCCUCGACAACCUAGAGUUUGGGUUUGACAAUCAGGAGAGACUCGUAUAUAGCGAAUUGAAAAAUAGAGUCCACAACAACUCCAAAAGGAUAUUCCACCAAACCAAGUCUCGCCGUAUAUUGGCUUACCUUGCCAGCAAAGAUGCCAAUGACUUUGACAAUGUGCUCAAAAAAGCAAGAAAAAUUAAUUGA